GGGCGCUUAAAGCGUAACGAAAACAAUGGAGUAGAGGCCGGGUGGUUUAAAAUACUGGCGACUGCAUGUCUGGGUAAGGAUGUGAAACAUUAAAUGGACACAGGUGAACUACAGAUUUUAACAAUGUAGCUCAAGGCUCUGCUUUCGUAAAAAUUGUUAAGAAGAAAAGCCAUUGGCAAGUCGCCGCUAAAAAGAUUCUUACGCUUCUAGGACUUUUCACAUCCACGGUAAAAAUUUCUAACUUAUAUAGUUUUACAGCUGUAGGGGUUUCACGAGAAUUUACCUCCAACGAUAUGGUGUGGCGCGCUUUCAAAAGAAGGUAUCAUGGCGAUAUACAUUUUUUUUGUUUAAGCAUCUUUGCUUGUUGUCAAAAGACAAGUAUAUAUAAUCUAUGUUUUUCUAUUUCUGUCUCUGGUAUACAGGCGGUAAACACUUGUUCCAUAAUUUCCACGUGCUAGCUGGUACCUAUUGCACUUUUUUGGUAUUUAUUUAAUCCUCAGGUGUUGAUGAACGCGUUACCAACCGAUGCUAGAUGCUCUUGGAAUUCUCGUCGCUCGCUUUUGCACGUGUAUGCUCAAAAGACCGGUGAAAUGAAUAAUAAAAUAACCGCUCAAGAACUGGUGUUCUGUUGUUAUGCAUCAGUCGGAGGAUAAGCUGAUAAAUGGUUUUAAUCCGUCAGUUUGGUAUAAAUCUGUUCAUCAGCUAUCUACAGGUGAAAUGCUUUGAUCUUUAGUGUACAUAUUAACUUUUGUAAUGUUAUUCCUGUUUAUUCCGCAGUCAUGUAUUUUUUAAGCUUCUGUCGGCGUCUGUUUUAACUUCCCGCCGGUAAACUGCAACGCCAAUUUUCCCUCAAAACUCAAAAGCAGGUAAAUUUUUGACCUUAAAUUAAGUGUCUUUUAUUUAUAGUGUUCUCUCUUGUCAAUGAAAGAGCAUAAUAACGCCGGCUUUAAAGCAAAAGUUUUUUUAGCAACUUAUGGUACUCGAUCAGGUGUUUGCAACGAACCUAACUGCGAAUGGUCUCAAUACAAAUGUAAAUAACUUAGUUCUAUCGUUACGACUGAUACUAAGCGAGUUACGAUGUACUCGAUCGACCUGGGCACGUGGUUAUGACGUCAGAAAACAAGUCAAUAAACAAUGUGUUCACAUGCGUGUGUAAAGAUUAGAUUUAAAAAAAAACAUCGUGUUGUUACUUUUUCCUUUUAUCAAAACAUUCGCAAAAACAUCGCCAUUGAUGCAGAGGGUCAAUAUCUCUUUUGCAUGGUUAAUAACGUCAUUGUUUAGUUUUUGUUUUAUUUAUUUAUUUAAUUUUUUUUUUGCUUGAACGACCAUUGUAGGUGAACUGUCUCAUUUAUCUUAAACAGAGCACACAAUAAAUAUUAUAAAUGAUUUUCGUCCAAAAUUCAGUCUAUUUUCAGUUCCUGACCUGGCAUUUUUUUACUUUAAUUAAUGUCAUAACGUUAGACUAGGACAAUCUUUUCAGUCAAUUAGCUGUUGGGAAGGAAGAAUUUGAAAUAAAAUGUAAAACUGUUUAAAAUUAAGGAAAAAUGAGAAUUUACAGUAGAGACUGAUUUUUUUUCGCUUUUGUUAUCUAAUUUUUUGCUGUUUUUUUGUCGUUCUACUUUUUGUGUCUUUUUGUUGUUGUUGUAUUUAUCUUUUUGCAUUUUAAUUGCUUUUGUACGUUUAAUUUUUCAAAGAUAAUAUUUCCAUGACUAAAUAUACGAUAAUUAAAAACUACAGAGAAUCCCGCCGAACAGUCCGUUCACGAGGAAUCAGUGAGAUUUUUUGAACGUUAUUCAGAGGAAGUCAUAAUCCCUAAAACGUUCUUUACCACUUAGAAUUAUUGUUUCAACUUUUUUUAUUGACAUUGGAAACUCCACGCCAAAAUGCUAAAAUUGUAUACAGCACUGGCUUCGUCAAAAUGUGAAUACAGAGGUGAAAGGGGAAGAGGAUGCAUACGAUAAAGAUUUAUGGGAGCUGUACGUUGGUCACUCACGUUUACCCGAGCUUCAAGCAGUUUGCUUGUUUUUAAUUUACGUUCUCAUUGGCUUCAUGUGAUUGUUUCAUUUGUUUUGAUUGCCCGUUGUGCUUUCCUCACUUUUGGUUUUACGACACUCGGUCGGCAGGGACUCUAACGACGCUGAACAUCAAUGAACACAACAGAUAACAGAAUUGACGUGGACUUUUUAAGCAAAUACACAACAGUUUCUACUGGUGACAGUAUAAUUAACAAAGGUGGAGUCUAAUUCUUCUUCUGCAUGGUCUCGAGUACAUCUAUGAGCCUUACUGCGGAAUCAGAAGCAAAAGUUUGUAACAUGCGCUCACUAGCUAGGCCGGGUGUGAUUAUUAACCAAACUAUUCUUGCACACAGUAGGGCAAUCGAACCUUCACCGACGGCCUCUCAAUUUUUUUCCGGCGCUCAGUCCUCACUUUAAUUUAAUUAUUUAAACCUUUCUACAUCAGUUAUUUCUCCACAAGGCAACAGACCUAACUGCCAAAAUAGCUUCUUCAACAACGGCCGGUUAAUCACCAACUGACAAACAGCGUAGAAAAUGCUCAACAACUCUCAUGAGUGAACGAUCUCUGCCGACAGGUCUUUGUUAGAGAGAAAUUAAUUUGUAUUUGCUUCUAAAAAAAGCGAGCGUUAUGCAAACUUUCGUGCUCAAUGUCCCUCACUCGUUUUGUGUCGUUUUUGCUUAAAAUUUCUAGUCUCUGUUUUAUCGCAGCGAGCAUUAAUAAGAAAACAUCUGUGGUUCUAUCUUCGAAAUGGAAAGUGCAGUGAUACACCCCUGUCUCGUUACAACGCCCACUUCCUUUUGUUGACUAAGCUGGUAGUUUUGGAGAGGUUCAAGCACGUUUCUUAUACCUUAUGCCGAUAUGUCCAAUUCAAACGUCCACCCUGGCACAAAUUUAAAGUUUAUGAACUUCGUCAACCAAAAAGCCACUACAUGAUACAUUUAGCCUCACCUCGGUGAAAGCUGCGAUCAUCUUAGGUUGCUUGGCAACUUAACGUAACUAUGACGUCAUCUUAACAUCAUGUUAUACCCUCUUAGCCCUCUUAGUAUAUUUUAGCAACAUAUUUUGAAAAGUGUAUGAUGAAAAUUGUGCGCAGUGUGUUCUUUGCGGGAGAUAACUUCAAACUGUUUCUUUCUCAGGCCCUGUGGUGAUCAGGUAAGUAAAUGAUCAGAAUUUCAAUUUCAAGAAACAAAAAUCUUCAUAGUAAAAUGUAAAACAAACCAGUUCUUUCUCAAGCCCUGAGCGGUCAAGUAAAUUGGAGAUUAAAUUUUCACUUAAUGUCAUUCAGAAUCUUUUGAUAUCAGUGGCGAACUUGACAAAAGAUCUUAACCCUUCGAGUAUAUAAAAAAAAAGAUGAAAGAAUAAACACGGUGAGGAUAAUUGCUAAGAUGCGAAUACAAAUUUGCAUAGGCGGCAAACACAGAGGGAAAUGACAAAAUUAAAGAAUUAAGUGGGCAAUGCUGUAGACAAGAAAUUUUCAAGUACUGUCUCGAAGGACUGUCGACUGAUUUUCAUUUAAAAAAAGAAUCUAUACUAAAUAGGAGGAAUUGACUCAUUUUCAACUUGAGGUAAGUAACUUUUCGCUUUAUAUGCGAAGUGAGAUGAGUAUUAGUUAAAAUUUUCUGCCAAAUUCAAGGUCAACUGUAAUUAUCCUUUGAAAGCGAAUUUUAGUCCUAAGUUGAAGAGCGAUUUUCUUAAAUUCGAUUAACAUUUAGGAGAGGCGUUUUGCUCAAAUAUGUUUAGUCUUUCGGAACAAUAUAAUGAAGGGCCUUAAAAAUUAAUGAACUUAAAGGCGGUGAUAGCAAAACUGUUAUUCUACUAAAAAAAAAACGAAUUUAUUCAUUAUUUCUUCCUUCCCGCGGCUCGAAAAUUACUUAAUUAAGCAUCUUACUGAGGUAAAGCUGGUUUUCAAGAAUAUCUCGUUAUUGGAGCAAGAACUUGACGUGAACACAAAAUCAAAGAUUGGAUGAUUUUUCUAAUAAAUGCGUGAAUUUUAAAAAAUUAUUGCAACGGUGAAGGUGUUUUGCAGAAAAAACGCUCAUGAAAACAUUUGAAGCGCCGGUGAGUCGAAUAUUCGUUGAAACAUCUUCUUUAACUUAAAUUACCCCGUUUGAAAAUUCUGUUACCCGACAAACCUUCCCAGUUGUGUCAUCAUUUAAAGCAUAAAGCUCUAUACGUGAUAUAUGAGACAUGAAGUUAGUUCUGAAUGACCUUACUACUUAAAGUCCUUUUAAUACAAGAUAUGUUUAUAUGCUGUAAACAAUUAUCAAGAGGCUAUAUGGUGACACAUUCAGAUGCUUAAUGCGUACUGAAGUUAGCAUUUUAAAAAAGAGGCCCGUACAUCGGUUCACAACCCUACAACACCGAGCUAUAACGUUUUCAGAUAUCUCCAUCUGCUUUUUAUUCCAAAAACUGUCAGCGAUCAAAAACCUAAUACAAGAUUACUCCGAUGAGUCCUCUGAAUUAAAAUCGGCAGUCUCGUAUGCCGGAUAUGUUUGUCAAACCUCACCAAAUAACGCCUUUUUUGUUUAAGACGAAACAACAGAACCCUAUAUAUGUGCAAUGAUAUCUUAUAUCCUUAUAGCAUCAUAAGUAUUAUUUUUAUUUGUUUUUCUUACGAUCACUAACGUUCCAAUUAUUAUUUUCAUUAACCCAGCUAUCGUGAGACUACUGCCUGUUUUUAUUCAGUUUACCUUUCUGUAUUUCACAUAUAAUUGAAAUUUCGCGCGUGUUCCCCUCUUUCGGCUACUAGUGUAGAAAAUCCCUUUCGUUUUUAAAUUUCAAAUGACAAUUUUUCGCUUCCUCUCCCCCCUGUGUAUUCUUUUUGGCUUUCCUUUUCUGUAAUACAGAGACAGCGGAGACUGGGCACUUCCCCUGCAAAGCAUCCUGGUUGAGCGUGGCCCUAUAUUGUCAUUAAAUGAAAAGGUCAACUGCAAAUUGAUGUCAGGUAUUAUUUUUAUUUUGCAGGACCUAAGGCAGAAGAAAUAUUUAACAUGAACCUGCGCCCGGCUGGUAGAUUCGCUGAUUGUUCUGAAACGAGUAUUUCCGCCUUAUUGGAGUCAUUUGGAGUUGGCACUAGUUUUUCAAACGAGACACAUUUGUCAAUGGAGCACGAAAACCCUAUGGAAAGUUUUCCAAAUAACUUCCGAGUUCCACAGGCCUUUUGUGUUACUCCCGAAAUAACUUGUCUGCCCUCAGAGUCGGCGACAAGUUUAAGCGAAAGCAGCAAAAGCAGUGUUACCCUUCAACUUAUUCAGGAAACAACGUUUACCAAGAAAGAAGGUCGAAAGAUCUUUGAUGUUCAACCACAAGCAAGGUAUGAAAGCUUUAAAGAUGUCCCUGGCUCGACUUGUUGCACUUCAUGUGGGAUCCGGGUCUUGACAUACACUGAAUACCGUGUAAGUAGCGCGACCUGGGCACUAGCAGGUUUGUUAUGUGCCUUUGGCUGUCAUUUUGGCUGCUGUUUAGUACCUUUCUUUAUCAAAUCUUUUAAGGAUGUGAUCCAUUUAUGUCCUCUUUGCAAGACACAGUUAGGGAGAUUUACCCAAGUGUGAAUAAAGGUUCUAUAUUCUGCAGCCAAAACUACUACGAAGGUUAG